UGUGACGCGUUCUCCCUUUUCUUUCUUUUAUUGUCUCUGUGCUUUUAGUGGGACUGACGUUAUGGUCACGCGCUUUUAACCGUUAAUUCUUUUCCGUCAACGUGUCGCAGUCUCAGUACAUAAAAAUGAAAUGCUUUGUGUUUGGGACUUUGCUAAUCAGAUCGCGGGGUUUGUCUUUUAUAUAUACGCCGCUGCGGACUCAGGCACCGCCUCCAACUGACGACGCGAUGUGGUGGGGCGCCGAUGCCUGUCUACGCUGUCAGGCUGAGAGCAAAAAGGAUUUCUACGGUCGACAGGAUUGCGUCGUUGUGUGGGGCGAAUGCAAUCAUUCCUUCCAUUAUUGCUGUAUGUCACUCUGGGUGAAACAGAAUAAUCGCUGUCCUCUUUGCCAGCAAGAAUGGUCCAUCCAACGUAUGGGAAAAUAACUAAGAGGAGGCUGGAUUCAGCUGGAAAGACGCUGCUGGCUUUUUAAAGAUUGGCAAGAUCGUUCGAGAGCUAAUGAAAAACCUUGUCGAAUUUUCAACCUUAUUUUUGUCUGUAAUACACUUAUUGUAGGAUCGAUGCUUGUUUUUAAAAUUACGUUAAGUUUUUGAAUUUCAUUGUCGGUAUAGACUUUUUUUUAAAUCAAUUUGUAUAAUAAAUAAAAAUAGUAUGUGCUACUUGAUUCGUUUAUAAAAUCUUCAAUUUGUCAAUAUAUUUCUGUACGUUUAUGACAUUCUUACCUCAUUGAUUAUACAUAUCUUCUUUUUCUUUUAUAAAUAAAAAUUUUUUUGAGCCGUUUUAA